AUGAAUGCUACAAUUGACCGGAAACAGCGCAGCGGCGAUACCGCGCUACGAAUUGCAUGCGAGCAAGGCAAAGUGGACGAGGUCAAGCAGUUGCUGGAAUAUGGCGAUGAUAUCGACAUGCCUGAUGACAGAGGAUGGACUCCGCUCAUGAGUGCAGUUCAAGACGGAAACGUCGAGUUGACCAAGCUUCUUUUGGAUGAGAGAGCUAACGUCAAUGCCGUGAACGCAGAGAGGGAAACUGCACUAUCGAUUGCGUGUCGCUAUGGUUACGCCAACCUCGUCCAUCUACUGUUUACGAAGGGCUCAAACAUUGACCUGAAGAAUCAGUACGGUAACACGUCACUGAUAGAAGCAGCCCGGAACGGCCACACGGUGGUGGUAGAGUUUCUCUUAAGUAAGGGUACCCCCAUCGACGUGGCUAACAACGAAGGCUGGACAGCGUUGAUGCAGGCUUCGUCCGAAGGACACACUGAGGUGGCAUUAUUGCUUUUGAAGAACGGCGCCGCUGUGAACUUGCAGCGUCCGAAUGGUUUCUCCGCGCUCACAACCGCGUGUGCGUUCGGGCAUGUGGAUACUGCUCGUGUGUUA